GUGUACGUGUUUUGGCUACAGUGCGAAACGCUUGGAAGUUUUGUGUGCUGCCUUCAAAAGCGGCAGAAAAAAAUCUGUUUAAAAAUACCAGCAUCAAUUUCAUGUCUAGUCUUUCUCAGGGACCCUGAGUCAGGGUGCCACUUCGUAGCGCAGCAUAAUUCUUUUAGUGGUAAAAGUUUAGUCGCGAGUGUCUAGUGUAAAUUGUGUGUCUAUUAGUUAAACCCCGUUAAACUGUGAAGUGACGAUUUGUUUUAGCAUCAUUUAUAAUGAUUCAUUGGGGCAUGCUUGCUGCAAUCAAAUGAGGAUUACGUCAAUUCACUCGCUUUCUUUCCCGUAGUGCCAUUGCGAUAAUUAGUAGUGAUUCAUUGAUAGCACCCAAGUGUUUCGUGAAUAGUGUAUUAGCAGUAGCGACAACGCGAAAAAAAAUCGUGCAGAAUCUAUUCGCGGUUAUAUGAAAGCCUAACAACCGUCCAGGAGCCAGUUUAGGUUUCUGUAUUUGAUGCAAGAGAGCAUUUUUGUUCUGACCUUCCACUAACUCGAUCCGAUCCACUCAUCAACCAUGAAUCAACCACCAUCUGCACCAGGCGGAGGAUACGCUCCGUAUGCGCCUUACCCACCAGGACCAAUCGUGGAUGACAAAUCGGGACAGCAAGCACCGUACGCUCCUCCGUAUCCCGCUUAUCCACCGACGCAACAGGAUAAUGCCAUGUGGUAUCCACCGGCAGGUCAGUCGCCGUAUCCGCCAGGUCCGAUGGUGGGAGUCUAUCCGCCUCAAGCUUACUACUUUCAGCCGUCACCGUAUCCACCGGCCGGUCCGCCAACAAUGCAGUAUGCUCCGGCACAACCGUACGGUGCAUAUCCUCAGCCGGUAAUGAUUCAACCAGGUAUGCCGAUGCAACAAACGCCUCCGAUGGUGGCGCCUCCAGGAGCUCCCGGACAGCAGCCAACUGGUGGCUGGAUGACUAUUCCGCAAGGAAUACCGAACUGUCCUCCCGGCUUGGAAUACCUUACGUCCAUUGAUCAGCUGCUGGUGCAUCAGAAGGUCGAGCUGCUGGAAGCAUUCACCGGAUUCGAAACAGCCAACAAGUACACAGUCAAAAAUACUAUGGGCCAGAAGGUGUACUGGGCUGUUGAAGACACCGAUUGCUGCACCCGGAACUGUUGCGGACCUGCUCGACCAUUCGAUAUGAAAAUUUUGGAUCACUAUCAGAAUGAGGUACUGCACUUCAAUCGACCGCUACGAUGCCAAUCGUGCUGUUUUCCAUGCUGUUUGCAAACCCUGGAGGUUUCGGCACCACCUGGUAACGUAAUUGGCACUGUAGAGCAGAACUGGUCCAUUUUUACGCCCCAGUUUAGCAUCAAGGACCAGACAGGGAAUACGGUACUUAAAAUAGAGGGUCCGUUUUGUACUUUUAGUAUUUGUGGUGAUGUGGAGUUUAAGGUUGUUACGAACGAAGGAAAUCAGGUGGGAAAAAUUUCCAAACAAUGGUCUGGAUUUGCACGCGAAGUCUUCACUGAUUCCGACCACUUUGGUAUCAAUUUCCCAAUGGAUAUUGAUGCUAGGGUAAAAGCAACCCUAUUGGGUGCUUUAUUCCUUAUCGAUUAUAUUUUCUUCGAAAAAUCUGGAAACAAGGAAGCGGACCGUCCGGGAAUGCUUUAAACACCUAAGAAUAUUUACCCCCUAACAUGUUAAUAUGUUAAUCGCUUCAUAUAUAUCCCUCGUGAAUGGCAUAACAAUGUCGGAAAGUGACUGGAACGCAACACAAAUUGUUAUUUGUUUUCAGAAACGAAGGAAGUGUUCUUGAAUCAUACUCGUUUCAUGUACCUAUACGUGGCGUGCAAAUACUGUGCAGUGUACGCGUGCUUCUGAUGCUUCACCAGCUGAUCUAAAUUAUUGGAUGAGAAGGAAAGUACGUAUUUUAGUGCCAGGGAAAUUACCUUUAAGUUACCGUUACGCACUUAAAGCUUUUCAACUAUCAUAAAUCUAGCUUUUGUUUUCACGUUUCGUCAUUAUUUUUUUAAAAAAAGCAACGAUAGUGCUUAUCCUGAUUGACAGAUGACACAAAACAAUCUCAGAUAAUCUGUAAUAAAGAUAUAUCUACUCGCAUAGUUGACUAUUUAGAAACAAAUGCGAAAAUACUGUAAUGCAUAAAAAUGUUAUCGAUAAUACCAACAUGUACCGGAAGUACUAUUUACCACAUUAAUUACCGACUAGAUUAUAACUUGAGGAGUACAUGGUAUAUGUAGCACAAACUUGAUGAAGUCAUAAUUUUGAUACGCUCUUUUUAUCUUCCAUUAUUCGAGAAGAGUCAUAUUUAACCGGCUCUCCAACAAAUGCAAAUAAACUGUUAAGCUAUUUGUAAUCGAAACGAUCAA